UUUUUCGCGUUGCCUUGUAUUACUCCAAAGCUUCAAGAACCAUAUUUCUUUCUCGUCUUUUGGAGUAAAAUUAAUGGAAGAACAAGGGCAAGACCCCAACAGUCCAAGCCAAGGGUCGGAGCGAAACGAACCUGUCAGGUCAAGGUGGACUCCAAAGCCAGAGCAAAUCCUAAUACUGGAGUCUAUCUUCAACAGUGGAAUGGUUAAUCCUCCCAGAGAUGAGACGGUGAGAAUAAGAAAACUGCUUGAGAAAUUCGGCUCAGUUGGCGAUGCAAACGUUUUCUACUGGUUCCAGAACCGCCGGUCAAGAUCUCGCCGCCGACAACGCCAGAUGCAGGCCAGCCUUGAACAGAGAAAUCAAGCACAAGUAGCCAGUAGUGCAACUCAACUCGAGAGUACUAGCUCCGCUUUGGGUUUCGGGCCUUUAUCAUCACCUACUUUUGCCUCCUCUCCAUCUUAUCACGUUGGUUCCUCAUCUUCAUGUGGAGUUCUGGGCAACGAUGGCGUUGAUCACUCUCUCUUUUCUCUCUCUGGUCAAAUGGGUUUCCCGGAAAUCGAGCAGGGCUCGGCCGUAACGCCUGCAGGUUUAUGCCCUUCGGAUGCUUCAGAUUUGCAAUACCAAACUGGAUUAAUUACAGUGUUUAUCAAUGGGGUUCCCACUGAAGUUCCAAAGGGGCCACUUGAUAUCAAGGCAAUGUUUGAUCAAGACGUAGUGUUGGUCCAUUGCUCCGGAGUGCCGGUUGCUGUCAAUGAAUUUGGCUUCUUAAUGCAGGGCCUGCAGCAUGGUGAAAGCUAUUUCCUGAUGGAAAAAAUAAAAAAUUUAAAGGGGAAGAAAGAGGGCUCACUCUAGGAGUACUCUAAUUGUACGAAUGUAUUUGUCAUGAAGUUCGCAAACAAGCGGAACUUUUUAGUUCUGGUAAUGAUGGUUUUGGUCCCCCACAACGAAAGUAAAUCUAUUGCAGGGCAACAUUUUUCUGUUAUAUUCUCCAGAGAUACUGGAUGUUUGCAACUUUGACAUCUGACCAGAUCCGGUUAGACUGGGAUUCUCCUUUUCUCCAGCUUUCAACAUCAACAAUGAUAUUAUAAAUGAGAUAUGGGGGCUCCAUAAUGGAAUCCAAUAUGGAUCGUUGUUGAGCUAU